AUGCAUGAAAGUAUACGUCAAGAAUUAGAAGAAAACCGUGUUAUGAUUAGUAACAGAACUCAAACUAUUUACGAUAAAUUUACAGCAAAUAAUAAUAUUACAGCAAUAUGGAAUUGGGAUUCAAA